AACGAGCCGCUUCCUAUUAAUAUUCGAAAAGGGAGCCUGUUCGCGCUUGUUCAAAAAAUAAUUUUCCAUACAAACCGGCCUUAAACUCCGAUGUUUAUCCUUUUUCUUCAUUGAAUUUUAUACAAUAAAACAGUUCGUUUGAAUAGAAGUCGCUGCGCACUCGCGAGGCGCGAAAAACUUCUGUUUGCGUUUUUACGCUUUAUUUUUCUUUUUUUAUAUCCACGUGCUUGUCGGAUUAAAUUGAUAGUUUGUUAUCCUCGUGCAGUGGGAAAAAAAAGUUUAUUUGUAAUCUUCAACCAUUGAAUUGGCAUAAAUUUAACCUAUAUCUUUACUUCGGAAGCAACGUAUCUCUUUUGCCUCGAAAUUUGUUAACCCCCCUAACGAUGGCCGGUAAAGGAGUUAAAAAGGCGCCGAAAAAAAAAGGUGCCAAUGGAUACAAAUUACCUGAUCCCAUACCAAAAGGCGAAAUAAUUAUUGAUCUCUCAAAGAAACAAUGGAUCCUUGGAGAGUCAAUCGGAAUUGGUGGUUUUGGCGAAAUUUAUUCAGCUGCUCCGUAUUCAGGGAAGACACCCAAAGACUAUCCGUUUGUCAUAAAAAUUGAACCUCACGGGAAUGGGCCACUUUUCGUUGAAAUGCAUUUUUAUAUGCGAAAUGCCAAACCUGAAGACAUUGAAGCUUGGAGGAAAAAAAAGAAGCUGCAGCAUUUGGGUAUGCCAAAAUUCAUUGGAUCCGGCAGCCACGAAUGUCACGGCACGAAAUAUCGUUUUGUCGUCAUGGAACGUUAUGGCACAGACCUAUGGAAAUUGUUCCUUGAGAACGGAAGAAAGUUUCCAGAGCAAACUGUCUAUAAAAUAGCUAUACAAAUUCUAGACGUCUUGGAGUACAUUCACAGUAGAACAUACAUUCAUGCAGACAUAAAAGGUGGGAAUUUGCUCAUGGACUUAAAAUCACCAAACUAUGUAUAUUUGGUUGAUUUCGGAUUAGCCUCUCAUUAUACCACAAAACCGGAGUACAAACUCGAUCCAAAGAAAGCUCAUAACGGAACGAUCGAGUACACAAGUAGGGACGCUCACAUGGGAGUUCCGACAAUGAGAAGCGAUUUCGAAAUUCUCGGUUAUAAUAUGGUUCAGUGGCUGUGCGAUUCGUUACCGUGGGAUUCAAAUCUAAAAGAUCCCUCAGCUGUUCAAAAGCAAAAAGAGAAAGCGUUCGAGAACGUUGAAAAUUUUUUAAAGCAAUGUUUUGGCUCUCGAAUACCGUCGCCGAUAAGCGAGUACAUGAAAUUAUUGGCUGAACUAAAGUUCAACGACACUCCAAAUUACGCGAAAUUUCGUAAAAUUCUGGUUCAAGGCUUGGAGAAAUUGGGCUGUAGCGUUGACGGAAAAUUGGAGUUUGGGAAGUCCGCUAAAGCACCGACAAGACCGCCCACGGUAACGCCGAUGAAAAAUAAAAAAGUCACAGAAACAGCAGUGAAGAGAAAAAGUCCACGCAUCAAAGCGUCCAGGACUCCGAGCCCGAGUUUCGCCGUUGGUUCCUCAUUGGACGAGAGCACGGUCGGCGUUGUUGUUGACAAAAAACGUGAGGGCGUUCGGGGCCUAAGAAAAAUCGUCGAAACCAUGGACGACGAUUCGGACGCCGAAUACGAUAUAUGUAUCACGAAAAAACGAAAAGUUAAGAAAAACGAAGAAAAAACGAUGCCGAAAGCUACCACGUCUAGAAGACCUCGGAGAAAGCCUAUGGAUUUAUUGGAUUCCAGUGCAAAUUCUGAGCCCGAAAUCGUAACAAAAGGAACAAAAUCGCGACCCAAGACAUUGUCCAAUACUCGCGGAAGGACUGUGGCUCAGCGAAAAAACAUGUUCGACGAUUCGAAUACCGACGUCGAUAUGUUUGGCGAUGGAGACUAAGAGAAAAAUCUUCGGCGUUCGGUUUUGACUUUAGCUACAGUCGACGAAUGACUUGUGCUGUUUUUACACACUAAAUUCAGGAAAAUAUUUCGAAUGUCGAACGACAGGAUCCGUUCGUUUGUUGUUAUGAAAUGAAUGAACUACGCUUUUCGCCACGUUACAAAUGAAGCGCCGGGAUAGAUAUUAGCCCAGAUUCAAAAAAUGCCUUUCGUUUUUGCUAUUAUCUGCUGUUGAACAGUAUCGCCAAUUAUUACUAUCAUAGAUUACUCUUGAGUCGAUUUUGGUAUGAGGAAACACCUUAUUUUCACCAAUAAAGAUGAAUUUUUGUAAUAUCCUUUGAUAUCACGUUUCAUUCUUACAUUUAUACAGAAAAUUGAGAUAAGGGGAUUACUUUUCUAAUAAAUAUUACUUUUUCAA